AUGCUCGGCAAACUGCAGGAACCACGCUCUUUAGAUGCCAAGGUGAGGAAGUUGCAGGAAGAGAUCAAUGUCAUGAUGGGCCUGCCACGGAACGUGUGCUUCACCCCGCCUUCGCAGAAGUCGGAGUUCUUGCUCUUCAGGCCCGCAGGCGAUGCGCCAGUGCCGGGUUAUUCCCUACCUUUGUACCAGGAUGAUGAUGGCGACGAAGCCCAUGAAUUCCUGGAUGAAGACGAGGAGACCGGGGAGCUGAAGCCCCGUGGCACCGACACGCUGAAGCCGGUGGGUGGCGCUGAGGCCGAGGAGGUUUGGUACCAAGUGGUGCACAAUCCAGCGGUGAUGAUCCGCGAGCAGCCAGAUGAGAAGGCGAGGAUGGUGGGCCGCAAGAAGGCUGGCAAGAGGCUCAGAAUACAAAGCGUGAAGGAUGGCAAGUGGCUCCAACUGCACCCCUCCGAGCUGGUGAAGCUCGCUGCUCAGGAGGGAUGGGUUGUGAUGGACCCAGUCGAGGCUGGUCUUCCGGCUGGUUCACCUUUGCUUGAGAAAGUGUCGCCCUAG